CAUGUCCCACGAUACCCCACAAUGCCCUUUUCUCCCCAUGUAAUUGGUAGGUCCUCUUGAAGUCGCUCUCUAGUCAGAUCAUGAGGUCACUCAGAUCAUAGUUUUGCGUCUGACCUCAUUGCCUCCGUCAGAUCGUGGCUCUGCGUCGUUACCUCACUACCCCGUCUCAGUCAGAUCGUGGCUUUGCGUCUCUCGUUGACGUGAAUGGAUGCUAGUAUGGUCUCUCGCGUGUGGCGCCUCUUGGCUUUCUCCUGUAGUUACGUCCCCAUUCAUGCGGAAAUAUACGUGGAGAUCGACAGAGAUGAGAACGACGGUCGGAAGCGAGCUCUAUUGUAAGGAUUCUACGGGACCGAAGGACAGGCUGGGGCUGCUUGUUUUACCGAUGAAAUUGCGUCAGCAUUUUUGGAAGAGGCGAAGGUGAUCCGUGCAGCCCUCAAGGACGAAUGCGAUGAGCG